ACUGCCAACCGUAAAUAUCAACCAAAAAUGACAGCCGACCGACAGCUAAAUAAAGAAAUUUGAUCGUAUUGAACUUUGAAGCAGUGAAAUAAAUUAAAAUGACAGUCCAGCAAGUUAGUUCGAAUAUUUCUGACGACUCGGAUGAUAUGGUGAGUUUACCACCCGAAGAAGAGAUUUACAGGCGUAAAUAUCAAUUGUUAUUGGAGCGAUGUGAAGUGUUGCAACAGGAUAACGAGCGAAUUGUAAAUAGAAUACAUGAAGCGAAGAAAAUUACAAAGCGCUAUCGCAAAGAUAUCAAAUUAUUAGUAGAGAGGUUGGAUAGGCAUGGAGAUACAUUUAGAACAGCCUCGAUGGAAGUGGAAACGAAGCCGGAGUUAGUAACAAAACCCAGUAAGCCAGCAAACAAGACACAACCAACUACAAAACAAGUUGAGAAACCUAUUCCAGUAGUGGGUAAGAAACCUGGGCCAAAAAGAAAAACAAAGGCAGACAAACCUGAACGUGACCCUAAUGCCCCUAAAAAACCAUGCAAUGCAUUCUUUCAAUUUUGUCAAGAACAGAGGCCACUUGUUGUAGCAGAGACAAAUUCUGAAAUGGGCUCAGAACCAACGAAACAAGAAGUAACAAGACAAUUAGCAUCAAGGUGGAGAGCUCUCUCUAAUGAUGAAAAGAGGGUAUAUGUUGCUAUGUUUGAAAGAUCAAAGGAAAAAUAUGCAGAAGAAUUAACAGCAUACAAUAUCAAGAAGGAACAAUGACAAAAAAUAUCUUAU